AUGGAUAGUAACGAAGUUGAAAAAGCCUAUUCACCUAGCCAAUGGUCAAAAAGACUUUCUGCCAACGUUAUAUGUCAAAAACAUGUGGAGUUUAUCGAAAAAGAAAGUUUAAAGGUGAAACAAAUAAUUUCGUCGGACUUAAAUAUUCCAUAUGGUCCUCGUCCAAGAGAAAAAAUUGAUAUAUUUGGAACUGAUUUAAAAAAUGAUUCUCCUAUUUUUAUAUUUAUACAUGGUGGUUAUUGGCAAGAAAAGGUCAUAACAAAAGAUAUGCAAUCCUUUCUUGCAAAAGCUAUGUACCAAAAUAAAAUUAAAACCAUUUGCAUUGGGUAUGAACUAUGCCCAGACGUUACGUUUGAAGAGUUGGUUGGAAAUAUAGAAGCAGCAGCCGAAUAUUGUUUAAAAUAUUGCAGAAGAAAUGGAUCUAGAGGGAUGCAUUUUGCUGGGCACUCUGCUGGAGCCCAUUUGGUGGCGAAAAUUUUUAAUAACUACUUACAAAAAAUACCCUUAACGGACCAAAAACUCUUUAAAAGUGCAUUUCUUCUUAGUGGAAUUUUCGACUUAACACCUUUGUUAAAAACCAGCUACAACUCUGCUUUAAAAUUAGACGAGGAAUGUGCAAAAAAAGCAAGCCCAAUGUUCCAAGAUUUCUAUAGAAGUCCAUCAUCAAAAUUCUACGUCAUUGCUGCGGAAUAUGACCCUCCUGCUUUUAGAAAACAAGCUGAAUUAUUUCACGAAAAAUUAGUUAGUUUGGAAAUAGAUUCGACUCAUAGAAUAAUAAAAAAUGUAGAUCAUUUUGAUAUAAUUGAGAAUUUAUCAUUGGAAUGUUUUGAUUUGACUAAAUUUAUUAUCAAUGUAAUUAAUAAAGUGAAUGUUAAUUAA